CUCGUCGACGACAAAUCCUGUGGUCCGCGAGCGGAAUUCGACACGUUUGCGAUGCGCGUAUCGUGUCGCGGUCGCGUUGUGUAAUUAAUCUCGUUUAUCUACGCAACGUGGCCGAAUAACGUACAGAAAUUAGAGGCAAUUAUCUGCGGCCACGUUCUCCAGUCCGUCGACGUCGACCACGUCUGCCGUCUGCCUUUGCUCGUUCUCGUCAGUAGCUCUCAUGAAUGAAUCCCACGAAACAGCUGACAGCUGACAGCACCUCACUCAUCCAUGUAUACGGGAUAGCGACCGCCUUCGAGAAUUGUCAGGGAAAAUAUAGGUGAUCUUCUGCGUAUGACAGGUCGUACGAUAACAUUUGAUAAUAGUCGAUCAGUCGGAUCUCGCGUGUAAUUCUAUUGUAAAAAUUGUCCACUUCGACCGCGCGGAAUGUCUUUCAAAAAGGAUCUAAAGUUGCUCGUUAAACCGUACUACUUGAUAAACAUCUUCCUCAGCGUCUCUUACAUCAUCUCCAAGCGCUUUCCUAUAAUUUGUAAUUACAUAUUUGCUCAAGACGACUGCGAGCUCGAUGGGAGGGAAACGGAGAUUCUCUUUUUCCUCAUGAUCGUUAUCAUGAUAAGGACAAGGAAGACCGGCAGCGUGACCAUGAUAAAUUACCUGACAUCCAGUUUUGUGUAUACGAAAGCGGCAAACUUGAUCCUGUGGUUCUACGCGGACGUGCGGAUGGGCAUUCUGUUUGCAUUUAUUUUUAUACUGUGCGGAUUAGUGCUGCCAGAACCGACGUAUCAAGGGCCUGAAAAUGUGAUCUACCUACGUGGGGCCAAUGGACUGCAGGAGGAGCUGCAGCGUGACACCAGAGUGGUCUGGCUGGUGGCGUUCUACACCGCGUGGAAUCCAGCUUGCGUUACUUUUGCGCCGAUAUUUUCCGAGCUCUCUGCGGAAUACGCGUUGGAGAACUUCAAGUUCGGAAAGGUGGACAUCGGUAGAUAUCCGGACGCUGCGGCAAAGUAUCAUAUUAGCGACGCCAGCACGAGCAAGCAACUGCCAACGUUAAUACUCUUUAAAGAUGGCAAGGAAGCGGAGCGACGUCCAUACGCGGACAACAAAGGAAAGCUCGUCAAGUUUCUCUUCUCGCUGGACAAUGUAAAGGCUGCGUUCGAUCUCAAUAAUAUCUACAGCGACUGUAAGAAACAUCCUAUCAAAAGGAAAGAGAGGAAAUCGUUGAAGGCAGAAUAAUGAAGGCACACUUAGGCAUUUAAUGAAAAAAAGUUUUUGCAGUUGAGCGAGUUUCAGUUAGAUGAACUUGUACCGUGUAGAAAAUCCAGCUAGCGGGUUAUCUCGAUCGAGUUCUGAUUCUAAAUUAAAAAUACGAGGAUUCGUGUAAAUAUUUUGUUGCGUGUUGCAAUAAUCUCUGCAGUGCUCUUAUAUUGUCUUCACUUACGUUUAAACAUCUGUACAUAACAUACGUCACAGAUCGUUAUUGUAAUAUUGUGUAUGAUGUGUGUGAAUGUGCCAUAGAUAUAUAUAUAUAUAUAUAUUAACAUAAAAUUCAAAUAUGUACAGAAAGCUUGUUACGCGAUUAACAAUAAUGUUGCGUCGUUUCUCUUUACAAUAUGCUCGAUAUAGCUGUUGAAUAAAAGCUGAUCGUUGGCAUGCACGCUCUUUUCUAUUUUCUCUUAUAAAAAUGCAGUCAUUUGCAUUUGGCAUAUUACAAUCUGUACAAUGAUAGAGUUUAAUAACGAGGACUGUAGCACCUCGAACCCUUAAAAUUAAAUAUAAAUCCUGUUUCAUUCCACCCAGACUGACCUAGACCCAGACUCCAAAUUUAACUUUAUUAAUUUAAUUUUUAAAUAACUAUAUAUCAAACACGAAUGUAUAUAUCUAAUUCCUUUUUGUGUUCCGAGGAACAUGAGACUAUUAUGAUACGUUAUUUUCUUUAAUUCUUUAAUCCUUUUAACAGUAUGUAAAGUUUUAUCGAAGUAACUUAAAGUGAAUGAAAUAUAUUCGAUUUUCAGGGAAUGGAUAACAGCUGAAACAUUAACAAUGUAAUAACAAUAAUGAUUCAUGAUUUAAUAAAGGAAAAUGAGUAAGAUACAUAAAACCAAUCAGAAAUCAUAUACGAUAAGAAUAUAAGAUAGAUUGCGAGAUAUAUUUGGCAAUUAUACUGUGCUUUCUUUAUUGUAUAAUAAAAUUGAAACAUCUUGUUGAGUUCAUGUUUCUGUUUAAUUUUGAUUUUUGUUUCGCUGUUUAUAGUACAGAAAAGAGGAACAGAAAAAUUCAUCGAAGAUAUGUUUCUACUUAGAGACUUAAUCGAUAUCACUUUCUUCAAUGUCUUACAUAUAUAUAACACAUUUAAUGUUGCCUCAUAUUAAUUAUGCUUAUAUGCAAAUUGGCGAAUAUGUUGCAAUAAAAAUCAGUUUCUCACAGUCUUCUAAGAAUCGUGAUGCAUUAAGUAAUAAAAUUAAUCUACUUUUGUCCAAUGUUAUACUAGGAACUGAAAUACUCUUCGAAAGAUAAA